ACGGAUGAAAGAGUUGAAUAGAAAAUUUGCUCCAGUUAUUGUCAGUAUUUCUACUAAUUUUUGGUAGCUUUCGAUUUAUCUUCUGCUUACAAUUCUCUUACCGUCUAUUUCAAACAUUUGAGGAUCGAAGUAGAGAUUUUUUGGAGGUGUCCUUCAACUUGCUAUACAGGGCAAUGGAUGACAUAUGGAUAGAAUACAAGUGUAAAUCAGGACAGACUUUGUUUAUAUACAACAAACUGACAGGAGAACACAAGUGGACUUCUGAAGAGAAAAAUAAAUCAGUAACAUUUAAAGAGUUCCGUUGCAUUGCCAUCCAGACAGAUGACUCUUCAUGCAACAAUGGCUGUACUUCCAUGUACAUCAACCAAGAUUCAAAUGACAAGAUUGGAGCAUACAGUUCCAAAACUGCUGAGCUCUCACCUCAACUCAGGAUGGAUGAUUUACAAGAAGAUGAUAUAGAGAGAAUACCUCCUGAAAGUAGUCUACAAUACGCUAUGGAACAUGAUGAUACGUCAGGCAUUUACGAAGUAUCAGUGGGAGAUGUUGUUGAAGAAUUACAUGUUGAAUAUCCUUCAGAUAGCAAUGCAGAAGAAGAAGAUAGCUUUUCAGAUGGCAUAGGAAGUGAAACUGAAUACUACCCAGAAGCAAAAAUCAUUAAAACUGAAAACAGUGAUCCAAGCACAUCAAUAAGGCUGCGUACAAGGACCACAUCAGCUAGAAAAAUAACAGUAGACAUGACUGAUGAUAAUUCUACGGAAAUGCAAUCUUAUGACAACUCAAAAGAUAAAUACAUUGAUCCUGCCCUUCGCAUUAAGCGGUUUUACAAGUGUUCCUACUGUAAAAAGCAAUUUGACUCAAAAGGGAAGCUUGACGACCAUAUUCGAACUCACACAGGCGAAAAGCCGUUUGGUUGUAUAUAUUGUGACAGGAAUUUUUCAAAAAAGUGCAAUUUACAACGGCAUCUCAGAAGGCACACAGGAGAGAGGAACUAUAUUUGUAAUCUUUGCGACAAGAAGUUCAUCGACAGCGCUGAGCUACAGCGUCAUAUGAUAUCGCACACUGGGGAGAGGGCUUUUGAAUGUCCUUACUGCGAGAAGAAAUUUGCACAGAAGAACACUUUGACUUGUCAUCUUAGAAGACAUACGGGAAUUGGACGAUCCUUUGACUGCUCUGUUUGCGGACGACAAUUUGAACACAGGUCAGAUUUGCGACGCCAUAAACGAACCCACACCGGAGAAAAGCCCUAUGGCUGUACAUAUUGCGAUAAAAAGUUCCCUACUAAGUAUAGCUUAAACCGACAUAUCAGGUCGCACACAGGGGAGAAGCCCUUUCAGUGUACAAUUUGUGAAAAGAAGUUUUCAGAGAAGAAAAAUCUAGAAUAUCAUAUGACAAUUCAUACCAAAGAGAAGCGAUUUGAAUGCGGACGAUGUGGAAAGAAGUUUGCAAGAAAAGCGUACACGGAUUAUCAUUACAGGACGUGUUCUGGAGAAAAGACUUUGGAUAAUUUGGAUGAGAGUAUAACAGAAGAAACAUUUAAAACAUCUGAAGAAAACGUCGAAGCACCCGACCAAUUCAUAGCUUAGCUUCGUAUGCCAAGGAGUACGAAAAAAUCACUUUGCACUUUGCUCUGCUAAACCUGUCUCGAUACAAAAGAAAGGAAAAUAGUGUUUUCUGAAACAGCAAAAAUGUUGCGAGACAAGAGGGGUUAUUUCUGCGCCUUUAUGCCGGUCGUAUUGGAAUUUUUGUUGCUCUUUCAGUUGUUGUUGUUGCUGUUGGGUUUUUUUUUCUGUCUUUUUUCGAGAGCAGUCAUUAUUUUAACAUCAACUAUCUUUGGGCGUCUUCGACUCCUUCUUAGCCGAUAUUAAAAGUGCGAACGGCUGCUAAGGAGUCCGGAACGGUCUCUUAUAACAAACUAUUUAAGAACAUUAUUUAUAAGUUUGUAUGAAUCCUUAGACUAUGCGUCAGUGGAAAAUAUUUAAUUGUUGUUUUUCUUCUUCAUAUUUAAGUAUAUUCGGUACAAGAAUAAUCUGGUCAUCUUACAUGCAAAGUACGAACAACGUAAAUUUACGUGACUGUAAAAUGGUCUUUGUUGAAUAGCUGUACUAAAAUGUCGUCUUCGCCAAAUAGAACUGCGAAUGUAUAUCAGUGUUUCUUGGGUUUUACGAUCCACAUAGUUCAAAAAUGAACCACCAUUUCUCGUCUAAAAGCGGGUUUAUUUGGGUAAAUUCCUUGUGUUUCAUUCCAGCUUGUUAGAAUUAAAAUGAGGAUUAAAGAGAAA